UCUAAAUUCACAAUCAUGGACAAACUAGAUUCUUUGAUUGUGGUAACCGGUAUGGCAUGUGUAAUAUGGACAAGGAAUGCUACUGCAUCGCCAGUUGAAGACGCACGGGUGUACACAUCAUAUCCCGAUCAGGUGUUUGAAACUAUACUUGUUAAGUUUCAAUCUAUGGAACAAGAAUUGAAAAUGCUGAAAUCUGAACUUAAAUCCCAGAAGGAAACAAGUAAAACAAAACUCGGAGCUAUGGCGGAUGAACUGAAUAGACAAACAAUUCUCAUUCAAAAACAAGAUAUUCAGAUUCAGAGACUUAACAACGUGCUUGUUGGUAGUGACAUUAAACCACAUAAAUCAAUGUAUAAUAGAUCACAGGAAUAUCCUAGUCAACACCAAUCUAAACCUCUGCGGGACAGGAGGAAUACCGACGAGUUUAUUUCUAAAAAGGAAAGACAGACUCAAAAGCGUCUGUUAGGUAUUACUUCCACAACGAGCCCGAUAACAUCUCCUAUAGCAUUUUCUGCAUAUUUCUCAACAAAUGAAGACCAGUUAUCAAGUCACCAUACUCUUGUAUUUGAUGUAGUACAAACGAAUACUGGAAACGGGUAUAACAAACACUCUGGAUCAUUCAUUGUACCACGUGCUGGAUUAUAUGUUUUCACUUGGACAUUGAUUACCGAUUCAGGUGGAGAAAUUUGCACUAAUCUUGUAGUUAAUGGUGUAAAUAACGGUUUUAGCUAUGCUCAUGGCAAUUGGCAGCAAACAACAUCAAUUGAAGUUAUUCAAGUGGAACAAGGCGAUACAGUACUUGUGCGAACUAAUAACUAUUCUGGUUGCAACCAGGCCGGAUCGAUAAGAAGUGACAAGUGGCGUCGUUCAAAUUUUUCUGGAUGGUUAAUUAGAUAG